UCCAGCAAAGGUUCGAAUAUUUAGAUUAAGAGAAUUGUGAAUAGCGCGUGGUUCGCUGGCUCGUACAGGCCCAUUUCUUCUCCCUAUAUACCUGUAACCCAGUAGUCUUCACAUGAAGUAGUCUAGUACAUGCAUAUUAGUCGUGGUGUGCCGAGAAUGAACAGUACCAUCGCUAAACAGCAUGCGAUCGCAGGCUAUUGUUCGUGGAGUCCGCGUGAUGAGCCUCAACUCUAUUUACGAAUGCGUUGCUCCCCCAACAAGCGGAGGAGGCACGAUCACGCACUCGACCCUAUGUUCCGCGCGCAAUCCGUGUCGCUCAGGCCGUCCAGAACGGGGGAUACAGGGUGAAGAGAGAUAGAAAACGAACAAGCAAUGUUUCUGCCGACCCUACACGCCUCACGCACGUGUCUUAUCUUAUUGUCUUGAUAUUCGCACGAUACGCUGCGCCGAUUCCUGCUUGAUGCGCACCAUCAUCGUUUAGCCAUGGAAUGCAUUGCG